AUGAUGCGUACGAUAAAUUGCAACAACACUCUCUCUGUGGAUAUCCGUGUCAAAAAGCCCCCGAACGCAAAUCCUAUACAAAACUAUGUCUCGUCUUUUGCAACAGGCGAGAGGAUCGAGGGUGUUGUCUCAAUCGUCUCCCAAAAUGAUCUCAACUUUGACAAUCUUUACAUCUCGUUUAUAGGGGAACAAAACACGGAUAUCCCCAGUAGCAUCCCGGAUAAAGCACACCGACAAUUUUUAAGGCUUGAACAACCAAUCGAUGAAUCUGCCAUUCCAAGCCCCAAGGUCUUUAGAAAUGGGCGGAGAUAUGAAAUCCCCUUCAACUUCGAAGUCACGGAUUAUCUCGCUUCCUCUUCCUGCCGUCAUUCUGCCAAUCCUCUUGUCAAGGCAUCCCAUCUCCACCCUCCUCCAAGCUGUGGUGAUGCUAGUAUAGCAGGAUUCGGCGGCAAACUGCGGGAUGACUUUGCGCCAUCUGGGUGCAACGUUAUCUAUUCUAUCCAUUUCAAGCUCGAACGACCCAGUAUAACAACUGGUUUACAGGAGACUAUCAUGGCGAAAAGACUCAAGGUGCGAAUCAAGCCAGCUGUUGGCGACGUGCCGCUUCCAAAUAUUCCAAUGGGUAGUCUCGCCGAUGAAUACAGCCUCCAACAUGAGGAGCCCAUCCUUAGCAAUUUCCCUAAACGCGUGCUCGGCCACCUAGCCAUGACAUUAGAACAGCCGGAGUGCUUCUACCACCCCCUGCGAGAUCCAAUUAGGUUGAUCAGCAAAGCUAUCCGGAUUUUCUUAGUAUACAGGCCCUCUAAACCGGCUGAUUCGAAACCACCGGAACUCAAAUCCCUCCGAGCCCAGAUAAUUGCGACAACUAUAUACACCACAAACCUUGACGAUACCCAUCCCCCCUCUAAGAAGAAGGACUUCCUCAACCGCCCAAUCAACUUCCGCGACGCCGAGCUUCCAUUGUCCAUUCCUUCUCUUCCACGGCUACGCUGGACGCAGGACGGGACGGGGGCUUAUACAGCAACCCUACUAGUCCCAGUGACUCUACCCAAGGACAAGAGUUUUAUUCCAACGUUUCAUUCCUGUCUGAUUUCUCGGGUAUACAGUCUUGCGUUCCAGCUUUCUGCCCAGGGUACAUCGUCGCCGUUCCGGCUGCGGGCUGCAAUGCAGAUUGCUGCAGAGCGAGAUCCAUCUGCAUUGCCUUCGUAUAAUGCGUCUUUGGGAGUUAUUGAUACGGCUUGA